AUGGAUUAUAAGAGCAAAAAGUCCACUCUGUCCGGGGAAAAAUCACAGGGAUCUGGUCAUGAAAGUGACAAGCCACAGCAGAAAAACUCGAUGUCAAGAGUUGAUGCUGGUCAUGGUGGUGGGAUCAUUCACUGCCCUGUUACCAAAAACAUGAAACACCUCCUGGAUGAGUUCAAGGGGCUGUAUGAGGAUAGGUUGAGACGCCUACAGUUUGACACCAGAGGGGGCACAAAGGAGGACAUUUUACAGGUAGGUGAACCUGGUGAAGUGUCACUUAAUCCCACAGCAGGUCAUUUUCUAUCCUCAUGUCUUGAGUAGGGUAAUGGCUAGAUAGGAUACCGUUUAUAUCAAAUUGAUGUACAUUUUAUUUCUUGCAUUUUAGCUAACCCUAACCCUUUUCCUAACCUUAACCUAAUGCCCUAAAUAACCUAAACCUUAACCCCACCCUCUGCAAGGUUGCUGCCAGUUUAAGACCCGUGUGUCCCUCUCUCAACUGCUACAAUAUAUGGCGUUAUAUCAAUUCACAUAACACUAAAGCUGGCAACAUAGCUAGGUAGCCACUUGGACAUGGCCACUCAAUUUACUGUAUUAGCACUCCCUCCUCUGCAUAAGCCUACUCCUUCUCUGUAACCGAUUGUGACAAAUAGAAAAGAUCAAAACAAUAUCUGCAGUCAGAGAGCACAAUGAUGAUGAUCAUUGCUAGACAAAUGUCAGGGAAGCACAGAGCUGGUUUUAUGAAGCCACAGCACUUGUAACAGGUGGUGAAUUACAUUAGUUGUCCAUCUGAGCAGCUGAAACAGAGACGUGGACCAGCAGCCUUGUUUAAAAGCAUUCUAAUCAUCAGGGCUUGUCAUGUGAGAUCAUUUAGACACAGCCUGUAAGUCAGGGGGCUGUACAUCAAAGGAAAUGUAACAAGGUUUCAAAGAUGGGCUUUGGUCAAUUGGUCCAGUACUGGAGAUAUCUAACAAGGUUAGCCAUAACCCAAGGAUGACGUGGACAGUCACUCUUCAACCUCCUGCUCUCCAAAUGUAAGCCUAGGCCGUAUAUGUGACUGACUAGGUUUCAACCUUGGGUCGCCUACGUGCUGCAAGACUGUGUUAGCUACUGAGCUAAAUCCUAGGCAUCAUGUGAGCAUGGUGACACUGAUUUUGAUGUCGAAGGCAGGGAAACCUCAUCACAAGACCAUGAGGCAGACUCACGUCUGCUACACAGGCAUAACAUAUUUAUAACGUAGGCUAUUUAUAACAACAUUGUAAGAUAUUUGAGAAUCAGAUUGAGAGAUUGACGUGAAGCCGAGACCUAGACCCUGGCCUAGGCCCAGGCCUGGCCUACAUAAAAACAGUAAGUAAGGACACCAGCAUCUCUCUAGACUGUCUGUCAAUACAAGGGUUACUGUGCACCUUUUAGAAAAUAACAUGUUAGCACAUUACUACCAACAUAACGAACAAAAGCAGUUGUUGACGUCAAGAGGCCUUUUGUCUAUGUUCUGUUGUUGAAAAUGCCUUUCAUGAUGAAAACAUCAUUAAUGUACGAACAGUAUGUUCCCAUAUUGGCAGUGCAAUUUAAAACCAUUCACAAACACACGCAACGCAACAUGUCUGCAACUUAUCUGUUCUUUACAAAGACACACAACAUAGCAUCUAGGCUACUUAUCUGUUAUUCACAGAGACACACAACAUCACAUGUAGUUAUCACAUCUGUUAUUCUGUUGUUGUGUUUGUAGAUGAAGGUCCAUAUCCUCCAGUCCUAUGUGAACGACUUGGGUGACCAGAACCAAGUGCUGGUCCAGACAGUGGAGGACCUGGAAAUAGAAGCCAACAACAGAGACUGCACCAUAGAGGCCAAGCUAUGCACCUCUGAUCAAAUCAUUCAUGUAAGCCUAAUUUCUCUUUUCUUCCUUUGUGUUAGGCCUACGUUUCCCUCCCUCCAUCCCUGCUUUGUGUAUGGAAUGGAAUGCUUUUGCCUUCAGCUGGCUCGUGAGUGGCGGUGGGCUUGCCUGCCUAUAGAUUUGAUAUGUGAAUGUAAUUUUACACAGCCUCAUUGUUGGAAUCUAAUCAUGGCAGAAUGCUAGAGACAUUCAAGGGCUAAUCAAUGACAACAUAAAGAGCAUGAUCACUCAUUUAAGGCCCUUUCUCACCAAGUCUGUUAUUUUCAUCCGAAUAAUUCAGAAGAAACAAAUAAAUAUGAGCACGUCUUGUUUAUGAAACCGUUUACACCAAUUGUAAAAUAUUGUCCUGCCGCAAUCCGUCAAUUAUUUAUUCGGAACCGGUUUUGAUUUUUGCAUGUGAAAAUAAGCUGUUGACCAAUAGAAAUUGUUAUCUGGGACUCUGCCACUGACAGUCCGCACACUGCCACUGACAGGUUUGUGGGUUCUUUGUGUGAAUGAAUGAAUUAAUGAAUUUUUUACAUUUGCAAUGCAUCAGUGCAGCAAUGUAUCAAUUUAGCCAAUGUGAUCACACCAGAGAUACACGUCGCUCUCGCCAUUCAAACUUCCCUGCUAGUUCAUUGCCAAUGCUGUAGCCUAUUUUAUAGCCAUUCAGCAAGCAACAGGAUCGAUUGAUGCUUCUCUCCUCGAAUAGGCCUAGACCUAUUUGUAAAGAUUGCUCGAAAUAAGUUUCAAACGACAUUGCUGUUCAUUAGGGCAGCAGGUAGCCUAGCGGUUAAGAACGUUGGGCCGUUUGCCAUGAAAUGAGCAGCGGCAGUAAAGAACCAUCACUAGACCUACACAUUAGACAGCACAUUCCUCACUCGCUAGACGCGCAAUUAAAGGGCCAGAUGCGCAAUUAAAGGGAAAUUACAUUUAAAAAUGUAUUAGUUUUCUUCCAGACCUAAAUAAAAUGGUCUUCUGUUGUGAUUUAAGCAUUGCCAUGGACUCAGAACAUCCCAUUUUGUUGUUUCUCUAUGAACAGUUGUAAUUUUGAGAGUGAAACAUUAAAUAUAAAAACAGGAAAAAUAAAACAGAGAGAACAUAAUUUGGGAAAAUAUAAAACAUAUUUUUUUGUGGGGUGGAAAUCACAGAUUUUAUAGAGUUGUUUAUUAACCAUUAUUUUACCAGGUAUAUUGACAGAAAACAUAGUGCACUACUUUCUCUUGUACACUAAGGACCCAGCGAAAGAGUUGUAGGGGAGAGGAGAAGAAUGGGUCUAUUUGAAAGCUAGAAAAAAAAAAGUAGCUCACGACAUGUUAAAAAAAAAUAAAGUAACUCUCAUGCUACAUUUUACAUUAUUAUUUUUUAAACAUUUUUAGUCAUUUAGCAGACGCUCUUAUCCAGAGCAACUUACAGUUAGUGAGUGCAUACAUAAUUUUUUUAUUUUUCAUACUGGCCCCCCGUGGGAAUCGAACCCACAACCCUGGUGUUGCAAACGCCAUGCUCUAUCAACUGAGCUACAUCCCUGCCGGCCAUUCCCUCCCCUACCCUGGACGUCGCUGGGCCAAUUGUGCGCCGCUCCAUGGGUCUCCCGGUCACGGCCGGCUACGACAGAGCCUGGAUUCGAACCAGGAUCUCUAGUGGCACAGCUAGCACUGCGAUGCAGUGCCUUAGACCACUGCGCCACUCGGGAGAUAUCAGGCCUUCAUCAGGCCUUCAUGGUCGAAUUGCUGCAAAGAAACCACUACUAAAGGACACCAAUAAGAAGAAGAGACCUGCUUGGGCCAAGAAACACGAUUAAUGGACAUUAGACCGGUGGAAAUUUGUCCUUUGGUCUGGAGCCCAAAUUUGAGAUUUUUGGUUCCAACCGCCGUGUCUUUGUGAGACGUGGUGUGGGUGAACGGAUGAUCUCCGCAUGUGUAGUUCCCACGUAAAGCAUGGAGGAGGAGGUGUUAUGGUGUGGGGAUGCUUUGCUGGUGACACUGUAUGUGUUUUAUUUAGAAUUCAAGGCACACUUAACUUGCAUGGCUACCACAGCAUUCUGCAGCGAUACGCCAUCCCAUCUGGUUUGGCUUAGUGGGACUAUCAUUUGUUUUUCGACAGGACAAUGACCCAACACACCUCCAGGCUGUGUAAGAGCUAUUUUACCAAGAAGGAGAGUGAUGGAGUGCUGCAUCAGAAGACCUGGCCUCCACAAUCCCCCGACCUCAACCCAAUUGAGAUGGUUUGGGAGGAGUUGGACCGCAGAGUGAAGGAAAAGCAGCCAACAAGUGCUCAGCAUAUGUGGGAACUCCUUCAAGACUGUUGGAAAAGCAUUCCAGGUGAAGCUGGUUGAGAGAAUGCCAGAGUGUGCAAAGCUUUCAUCAAGGCAAAGGGUGGCUAUUUGAAGAAUCUGAAAUAUAAAAUAUAUUUUGAUUAGUUUAACACUUUUUUUGGUUACUACAUGAUUCCAUAUGUGUUAUUUCAUAGUUUUGAUGUCUUCACUAUUAUUUUACAAUGUAGAAAAUAGUAAAAAUAAAGAAAAACCCUUCAAUGAGUAGGUGUGUCCAAACUUUUGACUGGUAGUGUAUGUAUUUCUUUCUUUCUUCCUUUCAUCUCUAAUUAGUGAAUGUGAUUGGCCCUGGUAGAAAAUGAAUCAACAAUAGGUGGUUCCUUCUCAGGAAUGAUUGAAUGAUCUUUUCAGAGAGCAGCAGGGAUAGCAGUGUGUUGUAAGACAGAGACAGCAUCCUUCAUAACCCCUGAUCAUGUGGAUAACAGAGUGUGGGCCUAAAUCCUUGAUACAUGAAAUAUGUAUGCUAUCUCUCUCAUUAUGUUGCUAGUGACCUCUGUUUAACAUGCACAUAGCUGAUCUAUAUGUUUGAAUUAUUAAUUAAUAACCAUAUAUUGAAUUAUUCACUUCUGUGUAUUUGUAUUGAUGUUGUUUCUUGAGGGGUAAACUAACUCCAUUGACAGUGAUGGACUACAUUUCUAUAUGCCUGUUGUUUUUGUUGGUGAGUUGAGUUGUGAAGACGUCCAGCCCUUCAUUGAUUGUGUAAUAAAUAUAAAAACAAUAUGGAUGAAUAUACGCCUGUCUUAAGGUCACUGAACGUCAAAGCAAUAUGUAAUUGGCUGAAAUCUACAUGUUUUAGAAUGAUCCCAGACUAGUGUCCAUCCAAUAACAUGUCUGUCUUCUAUCCUAUUGCCUUUGUCUGGCUAUGGGCCAGUACAGGCCUCUGUUCUCUCUUUCAGGCCCAUUUAUUCUAUCAUCACACCAUACUAACAUACUAUUUAGAUACUUUUAAUAAAGUGCUUAUAUUCCAGGAACUAUACCAGUCCUUACUUAACAGUGUAUAGUUAUACAACUUACAACAGCAUGUGUAGUAACCUAACAAAUACACAGCAGAAACUAAUACAGCAUUAUUGGAUUUAUUCUGGUUUAUUAGUCAGGUAACUAGAUUUAGAGUCAUUAGGCAAGGUAUAAAGUUCUGUUGAUGUUCUCUAGUAUCUCUAGACUGGAUCCGGUGGUGAAUUAGAUUGUCAGUAAGGAAUGAACUGUCCCCACAGUAUAUUACACACAUGUCCCCUCAGCGUUGAGGAAGCUUCUCUCUACUAAUGUCCAUCAUUGGAAAUUAAACCGAUUGCUGAGCAUUUAGAGCUACUUAUGUAAACUAUGCAAUGAUCAGUGUAAUAUGAGAGGCAAUGUCUGAUUGAAUGGUUGUGAUAUAUUUUCUAAUUACAGAACCAGUAAUGUUGUGUUCUAAUGGUUUUAACAGAGUCUUCUGUCCCGUGGUGAUUUGUGAAUGAGCUGCUACACAUCAAUCCACUCUCUCCAUACUUCAGUGAAUUACUGAAGCAGCAUAUUUUCUGUGUUUGUAUAGCAUAUCAUUUUUAUAGGAUCCAGUGGAUGAAGCGUACUUCUUUAUGUGUUGUUGUCAGGAUCUGGAGCAGCAGAGGAGGGUUCUGGAGGAGAGUGUGUGUAGUCUGCGCUCUGAGAACCAGGACCUGAAGACUGACAUGGACUCUCUCACAAACUUCAUCCAACGAGCGAGACACCAAACACACCCUGGUCGUAAGUCAUAGUAUUCGUCUCUCUCUCUCCCUCUCUCUCUCUCUCUCUCUCUCCUCCCCUCCCCCUCCUAUCCCACUCCCCUUUCUCUCUCUUUCUCUGUCCUCCUAGCUGUCUUCUACCCUGUUUGUCUCAUUCUUUGUCCCUCCACCCCCAUAUAAUCAAAUAGUCUUAUCAAAGCUAAUUUUUCUCCCUAAGCAUCGUGUGUGUGUGUGUGUGUUAAUUCCCUCUGCUUGGUUCUGGCCCUGGGGGCAGUAAAGGACAGUCCAGAUCACUGGGGGAUCACUGAGGGAUCAGGGGAGAUCAGUAGAGAUCUGAACACAUCAUUAGGGAUCAGUCUAUCCUUCUUUUAUCCGUUGAUCCUGUCCACUGAUCACUCCCACUUUCCCCACCCCAGAAUGACCAUCCUAGUCCUAUUCCAUCCCACGCCCUUAGGGUAGCAGUUGCCCUUAGGCACAGAUCUAGAAUCAUCUCAACAUACCCCUAAUCCUAACCACAACAGUUAAGGAAGAAAAUACUAAACUGACCUUAGAUGACUGUCUAGAGGCAAGUUUGUACUGCUCUUCUCCACCAUUCUUAUCCUAUUCCCUUCCCCUCUUUCUGAGGAAAAACAUUUCUCCUGGAGGACCUGAGAGAGGAUACCCUAUCCCAGAGGUUAUCUGUCUCUUCUGCAUCUGAAUUGCUUGCUCUGUGGGGUUUUAGGCUGGGUAUCUGGAAAGCACUUUGAUUUUCACUCUCCUGUCAAACCCUGUGACAGCCAUAUGGCCUGUAAACGUCAGCCAUAGAAAUGACUAACCUCUGUAGAUCUCAUUGGUCAUAGAAGUCCCUGGAACCAGCUGUCCUCAGAGAUUUCCAUUGAUGAACCAGAAAUUCCCAUAUUUUUAGUAUGUGGAGAGAGAGAGAGAGAGAGAGAGAGAGGGAGGGUCAUGGGGUUGCGAUCGUUGAUUAUGCUAAUACAGUUGUUAAUGACUUUAGCUUUGAGUGAUAAUUGAUCGGGAUCAUUAGCAUAUUAACUCUGGGAUGGCCUGUAAUGGAUGGCCUCCCUGAACCCUGCAAUAAUGAACUGAUUAGACUAAUUAAAAUCAAUAGAGGUGCCAAUAAAAGGUUAGGGCUCAGGGACCACUCUAUAUCUGUAAGGAGGAAAAAAGAGAGGGAGGGAGAGCGAUGGGGAUAGAGAAUUAACAAAGAAAGAGAGAGAGAGAUCGGCUGACAAAGAAAGAGAGAGAGAGACCGGCUGACAAAGAAAGAGAGAGAGGGGGAAAUGGACACUGCAGUCAGAGAGAGAAUGAACAAAUGAACGAGAGCUAGGCAGAGAGAGCGAGAGAGAGAAUGAACUAAUGAGCGAUAGAGAGAGGGAGAGGGUUCCUAAUGCUGAUUGAUGUGGUCUUGACGGUGGUUAGGUGAAUAAAUGGCUUGUAGGAGGCCAGGCAGCAUUACUCUGGCUAGGGUUGGGGGGGACUAAGUGCUUUGUAAGGUCAACCAUAAGGCCCAACUUACAUAUGUACUGGCCUGCCCUUAUAAACCUCUGUUCAUAUAUCAGGACGGGAUGGACACAGAGAUGGUUGGAUGGCUGUGUCUCACAGAGUGGAAGGGAAAAUGCUAGCCUUGCGUUGGGCUAUACUUCUCAAUGGGAAAGAUUUCUAAAGAGAUUCUAGAAACAUAGCAGGAUUUUUUUUGUUUCAGUGAUGAGGCAUUUGCAAUUGCAUGCACUCUAUAGGCUACAUUUAGUUGAGUGUAUUCUGAAAAUUCUGAACAUGUAACAACCUAUUUAAAUGACUCUGAUGAAAAUGACUUUACAAAAACCCAAUAUACACAAAUAUUGAGAUUUUGUGUCAUUUUUUCUUACAGGACAGAUAAAUCCAGGUUGUGUAAAUAAGACUGUCUCCUUCCUCCAAUCAGCAUGUUUUAUUUUUCUAUUCCCCUUUUCAUGAUUUGAUGUGGUGACUCAUGUUGACCUCUCCUUUGUUCUCUUCCAUGCCACAUUUCUUCCACCUCUCCAUCUUAAAACAAAGGCAAAUAUGGAAUGAGUGUGUAAAGAGAGGGCUAUUUUCUUACAGGAGGGAGGGAGGACAGAGGGAGGAGAAGAGGAGGUAUGAAGGAGGACAGAGUGGGGGAAGGAGAGGGAGGACAGAGGGAGGAGAAGAGGAGGUAUGAAGGAGGACAGAGUGGGGGAAGGAGAGGGAGGGGAGAGGGAGGAGAAGAGGAGGUAUGA